AUGAAGUCCAAUGAUCCGUACAAAAAAAAUGAUAAAGGAUGCGAGCAGGUUUCAGUUUCAACAAAAAAAGACAGUAAGAAACAGAGAAGAGAUUCAGAUGACAAAAAGGAAAAAGAAAAGCGCCGGGACUCUGUAACAGGUUCACCAUUAGAUACAAGUUCAUCUUCAAAUAGUUCUUUGGAAUCGGAUGAGGUCGACAUAACGGAGCAGAGGGAAUCAAAAGAUGCGUCUUCUUGUGUAGAACCAAAAUCGCAAGAAAAAAUUCGCCUUGAUGAUUCUAUUUUGGAAGUUAUAAAAAAUAUUUCUACACUUGUGAAUAUGGAAAAAAGUGAAAGAUCCAAAUCUGCUGCGGAAUUAAACGAAACAGUUAAUGAAAAAGUUGAUGCGUGCAGUGGUUCAAAAACAGAGAUUGAUUCUAGCAACACGAAGAAAUACAGGAAACGCAAUCGGAAGCAAAAAAAAAAAGAUCUUGAAGAUACUAAUGUAGUCAUAAAUUCGGGAUCAAAAUCAUGUCUGAUUAGUGCUUAUAAACUUUUCAGGACUACAAAAAAACCAGAAGUAAUAGACAUUGAUGGAAUUGAAGCAUCCAAUCUUUUAGAUAUGAAAGAUAUGAGUCAAAAGUUUGCUCAACGUUUUCCUCCUUGGAUUCAGAGUUUUUAUUUGGCAGCUAUAGAGGGUAAAGUAGAAGAUUUUGUUAAAAAAUUUCUUCUUGUUAUCCAAAUUUUAAAAAAAAGUAGCAGUUGCGAGCUUUAUCGACAAAUGUCUAGUCAACAGUUAAAAGAGCAUGUAAUGAAUAAUAUCAUGUGUGUGUUUUUCAAUGAAUCAGAGAGCAUAUCGGUGCUUCAUUAUCUUGCUCCAACCAUAAACAUUGAUCGGCCAUGUAGAAUGCAAAAUCACGGUUACUGUAGGCUAAUAAGAGUAAUUCUAAGUACAUUGUCAUGGAAAAAUCGUAAAGCUUUACUGUUUGCAUCUACUAAAAGAACAGGAAAAACUGCUUUACAUUUAGCUGCCGCAACGGGGCAAUGUUGUCAGCUGUUAGCUUUAAUGGAUUUCGGAGGUUGGGCUGAUGUUUUUGAUAGUUCUGGACGUGCACCACUACAUUAUGCCAUCAUGAGAAAUAAUUUGGAAAUGGUAAAAAAUUUAUUAUGGUAUGGGGCAGACAUAUCGUUAAGAGAACGUUCAUCAACGCCACUGCAACUGGCAGGAUGUUCACCAUUCACUAUGACGGUAUGUGAGUACUUACAUGCACGAGGGAGUGCACUGCAAAAAAUAUUCAUGCAGUGGGUCACUAAAUAUGUGCGAGGAGUGUGGACACCCGAGUUCGCUAUUUCGGACUUACAUUUUGUGAAAUUGACAAAAGCGUGUGAUGCAGAAAAAGAUGCACAUGAAGGCAUCACUGCAAAAUAUCGCCAAGUAUGUAUUGACAUCCUGGACACACGCGCAAAUAAUCCAAAACUAAAAAAGUAUCCAUUGAUGUUACUUUUCAUUGUUCCAACAUUUUACAAAAGAGAUGAUAGAACUACAGAUGCUUCAAAUCCACAGAUAUUUUGUGCGAAGUUGGAAGAUGAAAGUAAAACGAUAGUAAGGCUGCUUCCGAUACGGCCUUUACUAAGUUGUUCUAAAUGGCGCAUGAGUAUUAAAUCAGCUUUUGAAAGACCUCACAAUGGAUUUUUUUAUGUCUACAAUUUACCACAAAAUAUUGAAAUCGAUUCAUACACUUUACAUUUUCUCGUUGAUUUGGAGCAGUUGCGCUCAGAUGCCCCUUAUAUUACGCUGGGAAUACAAGCUUUUGCAUGUGGUCCACCAACUUUGGCACAUUAUAAUGACCUCCGAGGCCUCCCUACUCAUUCAGUCAAUAAAACAAAAGUAGAUUAA